GAUGUAAUAAGGUUUUAGUGGAAGCACUCACAUUGGUUCGCCUGCGGUCAUGUACAUGUGUUUUAUUGGCCAGCAUCGUUUUGAGCCCCUUGAACAAAAGUAUGAGGCAUGCAAGUGUAUAGCGGUAGUGGCUGUGUGCGUGUGUGUGCGUGUGUGUGUGUGUGUGUGUGUGUUUGGCUACCACAUUGUUCAUACCACGUUCAUAUUGGAAGCUUUCAAGUUUUUUUCAAGGCACAUCGUGUUAAUAAGCAUGUUAGUUUUAAGUGGAGAUAAAUGUGGUUAUGUCUACUAACGCAUCUAUCCUACACGGAUCGUUUUCUUGAUAGGAAUCCCCUACAGGCAUCCUCCCUAUAAUUGUCCCUUUGUGUGUUUGUGUGUGUGUGUGUGUGUGUGUGUGUGUGUGUGUGUGUGUGUGUGUGUGUGUGUGUGUGUGUGUGUGUGUGUGUGUGUGUGUGUGUGUGUGUGUGUGUGUGUGUGUGUGUGUGUUUGUCUAUGAUGUACGGAAUCUAGGUCUCUUAUGAAACCUUGCUGUAAAAGAUGCAACGGAAAAAAGCAAGGAGGGGGAUGGUGUGUGAGGGGGUUUUGUGCGUUGUACCAUGUGUUUGUGCGCAUGUGCGUGUGUGUGUGUUUGCAUGCUUCCUUGACUUUGUGUUUGUGUUUGCACACAUGGGCAUGGUUUCCCUUUCUGCUUACGAUUUCCCCCUCCGCACAUGAAUCACAGAGACGGAUCGAGAAGUAGGAUGGAACCACAAAGCAGAACAUGUAAAAUCAAUUUCUACCAAAGACAAUGACCAGAGGAACAUCCGGGAUCCGCUCUCCACGCCCAUGCAUAUAUCUCUUCCUGCGUGAUUAUUUAUGAGUCUGUUCCCGAGUGGGCCGAUCUGUGCUAAGACGCAUAGGUUAAUCUACAUGUAUUGAAUUUCGAACGAAAGAAUGAAAGAUAGACGUUCGGGUUCCAUCAGUCUGUGGUUAUCAGUUGUUGCCAGGCAACAGCAGCCGUUGCCUGGCAACAGCAGUAACGGCAACAAGUUAAAGCGUGUGUGUGCCUGGGCCAACGCGUUGCCGUUAAGAGAAGAGGGCGUGGGGAGUGGGUGGUUGGAUGGGGGCGCCCUCAUAAAAGGUGUUUGUAAGAAAACAGAGACAAAUAUGUAUUCACAUAAAUGACUGUCUUUGUGAAUAUAUUACAGGAGGCUCCUUUCACGUAUCAAACGGCAACGCAUGCUGGGUUAGGCAGGAGGGCUCGGGACCACGUAAAUUCAUAAAACCAUGUCACGCUCACAUUGUACAUUUUGUUCAAUAUGUCCUAGGUUUAUGAACAAUCCGGUUCCAUCCAACAAACGAUACCAGCCCACGGAGUACGAGCAUGCAGCUAACUGUGCCACGCACGCGCUGUGGAUAAUCCCCAGCCUGCUGGGCAGCUCCAUGCUGCACUUCCGCUCCGAUGACCAAUGGGAGCGUGUGUCGGCCUGGCUCUAUGGGGCGGGGCUUAGCUCACUCUUCAUCAUCUCCACCCUCUUCCACACUGUGGCCUGGAAGAAGAGCCACCUGCGGUCCGUGGAGCACUGCUUCCAUAUGUGUGACAGGAUGGUGAUCUACUUCUUCAUCGCUGCCUCCUAUGCUCCCUGGCUGAACCUCCGGGAGCUGGGUCCGUGGGCGUCCCACAUGCGCUGGUUGGUCUGGGUCAUGGCGUCCAUCGGGACCACCUACGUCUUCUUCUUCCAUGAGAGAUAUAAGAUCAUGGAGUUGAUCUGUUAUUCAGUGAUGGGCGUCUUCCCUGCUUUGGUGAUUCUCUCAAUGCCCGAGCAGGCUGGCCUGUAUGAGCUGCUGAUCGGCGGGGCCUUCUACUGCCUGGGAAUGGUCUUCUUCAAGAGCGACGGCGUCGUCCCGUUUGCCCACGCCAUCUGGCACCUGUUCGUCGCCAUGGGAGCAGCCGUCCACUACUACGCCAUCUGGAAGUACCUCUACGCCCAGCAGGCCAAUCAGGUGCAGACGUCCAGGUGACAUCAGCUCUGACCUCAUCGGAGUCGGGAAACGGCUCCUGUCAUUGAGGGAAAUCACAGGACACUACGAGGAGAACACUUCUGAGGCUCUCGCUGAAGACGCUUUGGUCCAGACGUUUAAGUUUUGUAAAAGGUUCAGUUGAAUGAGUUGAUAGCACACGAGAGUAGCGCUGCCUGACUCACUGUCAUUAUUGCGUUACUUUGCAUUGAGGUGUUCUCCUCGUCGGUGUAAAUAUUGGUUUGGUUCUAUUUAGAAAUACAUAUUUAUGGUAUCAAACAUGACCAGAGCCCUAGAAUGUGUGCUAUUCGUUUGGUAUGUUAUGAUUUAGUAUGGGCUUUUUUGUCAGUGUGUAACUGUUAUGAUUUCCCUAAUCAAGCACUACACUAGAAUGUAUUUUUUUUUUUUAUAACCAGCAUAUAGAUAUUCACAACUAUAUUUUAGUUUUAGUGAAAGAGUAUUGGGAUCAACUCACAACACAUGUUACUAUAUAGCAUUGCUAUAGAUUUUCUUAAUUCGUUUUACUAUACAGUUUUGCACCGCGUUACUAGUUUGAGAUGAAAUCCACCAUGUCGGGUGAAUUGGGGUUUAACCUCAACAAGGGGGAGGAACCACUGAAUCACCAUAGAAACACACUGCCAGGAAGCUGAAUUCAUAGCACACUACUGCUCUAAUGCUGUGUACUUCACACUUUAAAAAAAAGGAAACCGAAGCUAUAGUAUUGUUGAACAAUCUGGCCCAAUAGUACGGCAUCUCAGGUGUGUGUGCGUGCGCGUGUGUUUGUGUGUGUGCGCGUCUGUCUGGCAUGCACGCGUAUACCGCGUCUAUUGGGGGGUACUCUUGAUUCCCCUGAACCCAAAGCCUCAAAUCGGCUGAGUCAAUGUUUACACUCUUAACACGUAUACCUUGAACGCACCGCGCACGAUGAGGAUAGUGUAAGAAUCAUAACACCCACCCCUUGUAUCUACUCCACAUGUGAUAGCACAUGGAACAUGGGACACGCCUGACGGCGAGGCAGUGUUGAGGAGCGAUCACACAGAAGACCUUUGCAGGCUGUAAAACAUGAAAGCCUUUUUUUGCAGAGCAGCCCCUUGCGCCUUUUUUGCUGUUGCAAAUCCACCGUAGAACAUCUCCAUGUAACCUUUAAUUCCGUUGGCCACUUUGUUCCUGGGUGGCCUCUGUGCCAGUCACUCACACAAGGCACUCACCGCAGAAAAAAGCAAGGCCCUCAGCGACGCAACAGAAGCUAGCAAAACACUCGGUUUCCAUGGAUACCAAUAGCAAGAUAGACGCCACCACCCCAGCUGCUCAAAGAGUAUUCAGUGUGAUCGGGGCCUGACAGAGAGUUAGUUAACAGUGGUAGCUCACUGCGCUAGCGUGACUAACCAGGAAGAAUGUACUAGCAAGUACUAGGUUGGCUAUUACAGCUGGGUCAUAUUGUACAGCACCUAUGUAUUGUCAGAAGGCAUUAGAAAUGUCCUUUUAAUGCCUCACUUGUUCCUUUUGUCUUUAUUUUGUUAUUCUAUUAGGUUAUAUUGUGAAACUAUGAUGAGUCUGUCUGCUUUUAGUCUACAGUGAACUUUGUGUUGGAACAAAAAAAAAUGUUUUUAUGAUAAUAACAUUAUAAGAAAGCUUAUUGAGUUUUUUUUUUUUAUUCUGGAUUCAAAUGUAAAGGCUUGCAUUAAUACAUGCUGGUCUACAUGUGUAUUGACAGCUAAGAAGCUUUGAUAUGUUGUUGUUUUUUGCACAUAUCUCAACAUUGUGCAUUGAGUAUGCAAUGGAUCGAGCAAUCAAUUUCCCCGAUGCCCAGCCCUCUUGUCCCGGCCCCCCUUCCCCUCCUGCUGCUUCACUGCCUCUGAACACACCCAGACAACAAGAGACUCGAACUCAAUCAUUCCAGUUAACUGUUUCAUGACCAAAUACUAUGUGUACUUUUUGAAAGACAAAAAAAACAAAAAAAAAGUAAACACAGUUUUUAUUUGUUGUUUAAAAUAACUCUAAUCAUGGCAAAUGUAUCAGUUUUUUGUAAGUACUGUACAGACGUUUUAGUAUUUAUCAAUAGUAUUAAAAUAAUAUUAAAUAGUGUACCACGCCUGCAUUGUACGAAAGCUGGCUUUUUUCGUUUUGUCCCUUGUUUAUUAUAUUAAGACACGGGCAAAACUCAUUGGAGAAAGACUCUCUACAUUGCAAUGCUGACAUACUGACAUCUUUUAAUGGACGAUCCAUUGCUUCUUUUCAACUGCCAGAAGUUUAAAACGAUCCGUUUGUUCCAGUCAGUGUGGUGAGAUGAUGGAGUCCUCUAUAAGUGCUGAUACUGUACUCGAUAGGAAGGUUAAAGGUUUGUGCAGGGAUAAUGUACUCCUGGACCCUAGAAUGCAGAGGCCACUCCUGAAUGGAUUUCUGCUCUAAUGGGGCCUCGAUGUCUAUCUUAUGACGUGAGGGCCCUGCAUCUCCGUGGUGAUCUAAGCCCUUUAUGAAGCCUUUGUGAACAUGGCUAUCAUCAUAAUUAUUUGUAUCUUCAUUAUUAUUAUAAUUAUAGUUAUUACUACGAUGCACAGUAUUUCUUGAUGCUCUACGAUGCUGGAGUCUGCUGCUUCUUGUGGUCUUAGUGCUGCUGGUGAUUAUUUGGGCCAUAGGAUGCUGUCUCGGUUCUGCUUAGACACAAAUUAUAUUAACCGCCACUCCCUCGCUCUCUCCCUCUGUCUGUCCUCUGUCUCUCUCGCUCUUGCUCUCGCUCUCACUCUCGCUCUCUCUUGCUCUCUCUCUCUUGAUGCCACUCGUCUGGCCGAUGUUUGUCAGGCUGGUCAAUAUUAACGGCUGCAGAAUAUGAGGUAUUAAUGUUAGAGUGGCAAAUGCUGGUAAAAUAAAUUAAAUAUAGGCAACUAGAAAAGUCUUAUUGACCAGGUCUGCACCCCAACUAUUGAUUUCUGUCUCUCUCUCUCUCUCUCUCUCUCUCUCUCUCUCUCUCUCUCUCUCUCUCUCUCUCUCUCUCUCUCUCUCUCUCUCUCUCUCUCUCCCCUUACCCUCACUAUCCUUUCCAUAUUUCAAAUGCCAUUGUGUCUGUGGUGCUUACAUGUUGGUGAUUACUAUGUGAUGCCAGCAAUUCUUGUAUAUUUUGUAUUUUUUGUCUUUUAAUAAAGGUCUUUUACAUGA